AGUUGCUCGUGCGAACGCAGGCGCGAAAGGAGAAAAGAAGGGAGUUUACGUUGGGUGGACGGGUAUGGCUUCGGCUUCUUCUCUAGCGAGGUUUAAGGGCAGUUCUGCUGGAGGAUCUGAAUCCGAAGGGCUUGAGACGAUUGAGAUUGAUCCGCAGUUUGCAAGCGGGCUUGGAUUGAGUUUGGGUGAUAUUGUUGAGAUCGGCUUGUUGCAUGACCUACCGAUUGCCAAGUCCGUCACCACAGAGCCGUAUUCUGCGGAUGACUGGGAGAUAAUAGAACUCCAUGCUGCGUAUGUGGAGCAGAACCUGCUUUCGCAGGUUCGGGCUGCGAGUGUUGGACAGGAGGUUGAUGUUUGGAUAUUCGGACGAACAAGAGCGAGGUUACGAGUUGUUUCGUUUGAUCCCGCACCCGGAAAGCAUGAAGCUGUCCUGCUUGGCACCGAUACGGAAGUUUCCAUUGCACCUAAAAGACGGGUUAAUGGAGCGGAAGCAAAGCAAAGCACCUCAAUAUCUAAAUCAGAUACCGACGGGAAACGUAGCUCUGAACCGAAGAUCCUGAAGUCACUCAGGCUCCGUGCUCUCCCUUCCUCGUUCUUCUCUCCAUCUGGAUCGGUUCCUUCUGAACCAGUUGCGCUUGUAUCGAUAGCGACCUAUUGGGAGCUGAUCUCAACAAAGUUACCGCUUUCUGAAUCAGAAGGGUUUGGUCCGAUAAAUGUGUAUCGACUCAAAGCAUCUGCAGAUCCUCUUGCAAGUGAGCCUACUGCGCCGGUUCCCGCCGCGCAACAAGGAUCGAAGGUGAUUCAUGCACCAGAGGGAGCGCAGGCGAAUGGCUCGGCGAAACCGGGCUCUGAGGCGCCAUCGAUAUCGACAAACGAGAGGGAGACGGUUACACUAUGUUGGUCGCGGGAAAUACCAGAUGGCCAUGUUCUUUUCUUGGGUUAUGACGGAGUGAAAGAUUGGAACUGUUGUAUCCUCGCUUCUACACCGAAGUCGAAGACGCUACGUGUGACGGAGGAUGUCUCGUCCUUAAAAUGGAUAGACGCGAAGCGGCAUCAUGAUCUAGCCGGAAUAGAUGAUUUCUUGGAAAAGUGUUCUAAUGCGCUUCAGAAUAUUCAUGCUUCACACAAUAUUUUUGAUAUUUCUAUUCCAAGUGUGCAGGGAAUUCUUAUUACGGGAAGACCGGGUUCUGGGAAGACGAGUGUCGCAAAAGCGGUGGCUAAGAUGGUAGAAUCGUCGUUCCUUCUCGCGCAUGUUAUCUACGUGGACUUCGCCAAGCUUGCAGACGAGCGAGUCCCUCGACUAAAAGCGUACUUCAGAUAUCUAUACGAGAAAGCAGCUUGGCAAAGACCGACUACUUUGGUAAUUGAUAAUAUGGAUAAACUACUCAGCGCGGAGCUCGAACACGCGGACAGCUACCGCUCGAGGCAGCUAACGGAAUUAUUUUUACUACAUUUCACUCACAGGAGGACGGAUACUCGAGGUGUCUCUAUCGUUGCGACGGCAGAGUCUGACACAGCUCUACAUCCGCGAGUUAUGCGAUCGCAUAUAUUCAAGUCGACGUUUAAGUUGAUGCCACCUAAUAAAGAUGCGAGGCGGGAUAUCCUUUCGCAAAGCGUCAGGCGACGAACGGAAGUGGCACCUGAAUUAACGCAGAGUGCCGAGAACCCGAUAAACUUCACAGCAUUGGCGACACAGACGGAAGGUUACCUCCCAACUGACUUGAAUGAUCUCGUUUCGAGAGCGGUGCAUGAGGCAGCUAUCCGGUCGAACAAGGCAAGCUUAGAGACCAAGGAAAUUCUUCCGGUGGACUUCGAGAAGGCACAGGUCGACUUCGUACCCUUGUCAUUACGAGACUUGAAGCUACAGAAGUCUGAUGUGACGUGGUCGGAUAUCGGAGGUCUUCGGAAGACAAAGCAAAUCUUGCGGGAAACGCUGGAAUGGCCGACUAAAUAUGCUGCCAUCUUCGCAAAGUGCCCUCUCCGUUUGCGUUCUGGGAUUUUGCUGUACGGUUAUCCUGGAUGCGGAAAAACGUUACUUGCAUCUGCUGUAGCCAGGGAAUGCGGUCUCAACUUCAUAAGUGUGAAGGGACCUGAGCUACUAAAUAAGUACAUUGGAGCUAGCGAGAAAUCGGUACGAGACUUGUUCGAAAGAGCCAGUGCCGCAAAACCUUGUGUACUCUUUUUUGACGAGUUUGAUUCGAUUGCGCCUAAAAGAGGUCACGAUAGUACGGGAGUUACGGAUCGUGUGGUUAAUCAGAUGUUAACGCAGAUGGAUGGUGCGGAGGGACUUGAUGGUGUUUAUGUUCUCGCUGCGACAAGCCGACCCGACCUUAUUGACUCAGCAUUACUUCGGCCAGGUCGACUAGACAAAUCAUUACUUUGUGAUAUGCCGGAUUUCGACGAGCGAAAAGAGAUCCUCGAAGUCAUCAGCAAGAAAGUCACCGUCUCACCAUUCGUUGACUGGGAUGCUAUAGCUCUAGCAACCGAAGGCUUCUCUGGAGCUGACUUGCAGGCUGUAAUUUAUAACGCGCAUCUCGAUGUCGUCCACUCUACUUUAGCAGAAAAGCAAUCUUCAGAGGGGAAAGGGAAAGGGAAAGCAAAGGACACAGGAGAUACAGGUGAAGAAGAGCAGCGGAUAGAGUACGUUAUCCUUGGAGGACGUGAGGAAGAUGCACAUCGGUCAAAGGCUGAGGAAGCCGCGCUCCAGAAGAAGCUGCAAAGGAUACUUGCAAACCGUGGCGCCAAGAGAAGCGGGAAGGAAGCUGAGCGGCCUCAGGCAAUUGCUGCUGCAAAGCAAGUUCAUGAAAUAACGGAGGAGCAUAUUCGCCGAUCAUUAACCUCGACACGGCCAUCUGUUCCUCUAGAAGAGCGAGUUCGUCUACAACUCAUAUAUAGCGCUUUCGUGUCCGAUCGAAGCGGAGAAAUGCCUGUUCCGCCAGAGUCGGGUUCUGUUGGCACACGGGCAAGCCUUAUGUGACUGACUAAAUUGCAUGCUCUACCCCGCAACGAUAAAGGGAAGAUUAACGGGAAGCAAUCUUAUAAUUGGAUUUCUCGGCGAAUGGACUUCCUGUAUUACUGCAAACACAAAGUAUCACAUUCGUUAAUCU